CCUACAAUAAUCAAUUUAAUCAAUAAUUUUUUCGUCUUUUGUAUAAAAAUAAUUCAAGAGUUGAUUAAUAUUUUAAUUUGCUUCUUUUUGACAUAACUUUACUGAGAUUUAUAUUGAUACACUGUGAUAUGUUGUGGGGGUAUUAAUUAUCGACUAUGUCAACCUUCAUCUAUCAAAAGGUUAAAAUAACAGACAUCAAUAAACUUUGUCAUACAUCUGAUCCUGUGCAUGUUUUUCAAGCAGUUUUGCAUAGGUCAAGAGACGCUGCAGUGAGAAUCACAGGUUUCAUUAAAAUUUUAAAAAAUUUGCAUUGUGACUAUUGAAUGGCAUUACUUCUGUAUCCUAUUAUUUUUAACUAAAGGUUUCAUAGUUAUUUGAAUGUGUGACAUGUAACUAAUAUCAGUUGUAUUACAUUCACUAAAACAUGUACCGUGGUUUAUUGUUUUGAUAUUUGUUGUGAAUCGCACGCUUUAUUUUAUUAUAAGCAAAAGUAUGAGUCGCAUAAGUGUAAAAUAUAUUGUAUAUAACUGAGGGAUAAAGGAAUAUGUUAUUUUCAAUUUAAAUGUUAGAACUUGAUUUUAUUUUCACUAUUUUGCAAAAGAAUAGUAUUUAAUUUAGCUUACAUGCAUAUUUAAAUUCCGAAAAGGUAGGUUUUCUAAAUAAACUAAACUCAGUGGCACGACAGCCAUGGAGAGCCAAGGCCUCCUGUGCCCAUCUCAGUUUUCUUGACCUUGGUCUCUGGGGUGCAGGAGCAGAUGUUCUGGUUAAGUGGUCAGCCGAACGUGUGAUCCCCAGUGUUUAGUUCCCAAGCAUGCUUGGCAGUCAUUUAUCGACCCACUGAAGAGAUAAAAGGCUGAGUCAACCUUGCCCGAGGAUUGAACCCAGGACGUGUGGCACGAAGCGCUACCACUCAGCCACUUGAUGUCGUUUUGAAAGAUAACUACUCAAUUAUUGCACAAGCUUUGUUUUCAUUGAACAACAACUCUUUGAUUUCAUCUGUUUCUGGAAUAAGACCGUCUUCUGUGCACUGGAGGAAAAAUCUUUAUCGUCAUAACAUGUCUUUUGAAAAUAAGCUACCAAUAGCCAGCAAUAGUUCAGUUGAAACUAAAACAAACCCUUUGUCUUGUAAUAUAUGCAAUAGGAUUUUUUCUAGAAAAGAUAAUCUAAUCAAACACAAACUUGUUCAUACGGGUGAAAAACCCUAUUCUUGCAUUAUUUGUAAUAAGAGAUUUUCUGAGAAGACUAGUUUAACAAAUCACUACCUUAUCCAUACUGGUGAGAAGCCUUAUUCUUGUAGUACAUGUAAUAAGAGUUUUUCUCGAAAAUCUGAAUUAAACAGGCACAGCUUUGUCCAUUCUAGCAAAAAACCUCACGCUUGUAGUUUUUGUGAUAAGUGUUUUUCAACUAGCAGUGAUUUAACUAUCCACAAACGUGUUCAUACCGGUGAGAAACCAUACGCUUGUAGUAUAUGCACUAUGACUUUUGCCAGAAAAGUCUAUUUAACUAGACACAACUUGGUUCAUACUGGUGAAAAACCAUAUUCUUGUUGUAUAUGUAAUAAGAGUUUUUCAGCAAACACAGAUUUAACUAAACACAAACGGAUUCAUACUGGUGAAAAGCCUUAUGCUUGCAGUAUAUGUAAUAUGACUUUUUCGCGAAAAAGUUAUUUAACUAGACACAACUUGACUCAUACUGGUGAAAAGCCAUAUUCUUGUAGUGUUUGUAACAGGAGUUUUGCAGGGAUCAGUGAUUUAACCAUACACAAGACUGUUCAUACUGAUGAAAAACCUUUUGUUUGUAAUAUAUGUAAUAGGACUUUUUCCCGAAAACGCUAUUUAGCUUACCAUAUCUUGACUCAUACUGGUGAAAAAAAAUAUUCCUGUAGUUUAUGUAAUAAAAGUUUUUCACGGAAGAGUUCUUUAAAUAAACACAAAUGUGUUCAUACCCGUAAAAACCUUACUUGUAAAUUUUAUUGCCAUAAUAUGUCUAGUAAAACUUUUGUAAAUAUGUUACCCUGCAACACUUCUACUGAAAUUAGUGAAAAGCCUUAUUCUUGUAACGUAUGCGGUAAAAGUUUUUCAAAGAAUUGUUAUUUAACUAGACACAAAUUCAUCCACACAGGAAAUAAACCUCAUUCUUGUGUUAUAUGUAAUAAGAAUUUUUCUACAAAAGGUGCAUUAAUUAAGCACAGUCUUGUUCAUACUGGUGAAAAACCUUAUUCUUGUAAUGUUUGCAACAAAGGAUUUACUCAGAGAGUUAAUUUAACGGACCACUAUCUUGUUCAUACGGGGGAGAAACCUCAUUCUUGUAAAAUAUGCAACAAGACUUUUACUCGAAAAUCUCUUUUAACAAGACACAGUUAUGUUCAUACUACUGAAAAGCCUUAUUCUUGUAGUUUUUGUAAUAAGUGUUUUACCACAAGUGACUAUUUAACGCGACACCAACGUGUUCAUACCGAUGAAAAACCUUACGAAUGUGGCGUAUGUAAUAUGAGUUUUGCGAGGAAAGAUUGUUUAACAAGACACAGCUUGAUUCAUACUGGCAGAAAACCAUAUUCUUGUAGUAUAUGUAAUAAGAGUUUUUCAUCGAGCAAUAGUUUAACUUCUCACAAACGUGUUCAUACUGGUGAAAAACCUUAUGUCUGUAGUAUAUGUAAUAUGACUUUUUCACGAAAAAGUCAUUUAACUCGACACAACUUAACUCAUACUGGCGAAAAACCGUAUUCAUGUAGUAUUUGUAAUAAGAGUUUCCCUGAUAGCAGUUAUUUAACUAUACACCUAAGAAGUAUUCACACGGAUGAAAAACCUUAUGUAUGCAGUAUAUGUAAUAAAGCUUUUUCACGAAAAAUUUAUUUAACUGGCCACAUCUUGACACACUCUGUUGAAAAGCCACAUUCAUGUAGUGUAUGCAAUAAGAGUUUUUCAGUAAAGCGUUCUUUAAGUAAACACAAGUGUGUUCAUACUGGUGAAAAACCUUGCUAGUAUUUUGUGUAUAAAAUGAAUUUUAAAAGCAAGUUUAGUUUGAACUGACAUCUAAUCAUUCAUACUGGAAGAGAACCAUAUACAUGUGGUAUUUGUAAUCUGUGUUUUGAGAAAAAAUAUUUAUGAAAUAGACACAACUGUGUUCUUGAAAGUGAACAACAUAUAUUUUAAUUAGGCAUUUUUUUUAAAUGUAAUUAUAUACUGCUUUGUUUGUACUUUUAAAAAAUAUUGUUCUUGUAACUGAUAAAAUAAAUAAUUUACUAGUCACAGUUGUAUUUAUCAUAAAAACUUCAUUUAUGUGUUACAUAAUGUGUGGUACUUUCAGCAAAAAUAUCUAAAGUAGUUGCAUAUUCUGAUGCUGUUAACAAAAUAUUUUAUUUAUGUAUCAUAAAAAGCAAUUGUAAAAUUAAUCUUAAUUUUUACAAUAAUAACCUUUGCGCCACCACUGUCAACUAAAGUGUGACAAUUUUCUUCUGAAAUCCAGGUUUGACGCACUGGCAAGAAAAUGAAUAAACUGACUAUUUCCAUAAAACUGGAGACUAAUUUCACAAAAAUCCUGAAUGUUAUUACUAAGCUACCGAGUUGUGCCAAAUCUAGUUAUUGAAUUCAUAUAAUAAAUGUUGAAAUACAUUUCUAUGAACGUGACAGUGUCGGAAAAGCUAUUGCAAAACAAUGUACUUUUACAAUGCAAACAGUGCGAAUCUAACAUGGAAAAAGUAAUAUUUAAAAUCCGUGAACCAUAACCACGUUGUAUUAAAAAUAUUGAAAAACAUUGUGAAAAUUAUAGGGGAAUCAUGUAGAUUUUAGAUGAAAAUUUUGCUGAUCAAGUGCUUUAAGAAUUGGUACUCAAAUUACACUAAAACACAUUUUGCAUUAAUUGAACGAAUGUAGUUUUAAGUGGCAAAAUACAAAAUUUGUGUGUAAUCGGUCUAAUUGUUUCUGAGUUGUCAAAUUAAAAAAAUAUAUAUAUGUUUAAAAUUUGAUUUUACUAGAACGUUAAUUUAAAUUUUGUAUUUUGCCAUUUAAAAUUGCAUUCUUUAAAAUAUAAAAAUUUGUCUUAAAUCUUACAAUGCAUAUGUUUCGCCAAUUAUUAAAUAUUUUAAUUAUAAAUAAGUAUUGAAAUUAUUUUUUGGGUGGAAUUAUCUUUAAUUAAAUAAAUUUUUUAAAAUGUAUUCAAAAUUUUUCAAUUCGCUUCAGAAUUUCCCAAAAUAUAUGCAAAAAGUAUUACAUUAAGGGAUUCAAACUUUGGCCCUCUCUCUUGAUCAAACUAUUGAACCUAAUUGCGACCACCCACCAAAUUUUGUGGGUCAAGAAUCCAAAUCUGUCGAGCAAAAAAAAUUAUAUGCACACUUUACAUUGAUUAGACAAAUAGCCUCAUUAUUUUAGCUUUUCAAUUUCAUACUUUUGGAGAAUCCAGGCAUUUUAUGUAAAGGAAAUUCAUUUAACACUGUUGCAUUAUCAAAUUUUUUUGGAAUAAAUUCGAGAGUCAUGCAAUUAUUUAUUAUUCUCAUGCAUGCUUAUUUUAUUUGCUUAUUUAUUGUUAUUAUAUACCCGUGACAAUAACAUAUUGUUUGUUAAAGUAAAGUUAUUGUAAAAUUUAAAAAUUAAAAUGCUUGCUAAAAUUCGAAAAUAUAAUUUUAUCU